UGUCAGGAGGCUUCCCCCCCCCCCCCCCCCAGCUCAGUCUUUUUCAAAUGUUCUCUCUUCCCGCCGGAAUAAUGCUGUCAGUGGAUAUAUGUUUCAAGUUUUCGGAUUUCGAAACGGGUCUACUGAAACGGAUUAAGAAGAUCGAGGGGCCGACGUUUUAACGGAGUUGGGAAUAAUUAGGCGGCGCCGCUCUAACUCAGUUGUCCGUGUCUCUGGUCCACCGGGCCGGUUCACUGCGCAGGUUUGGACCGCGCGCCAUUUUGUGAAAAUUGACACAAAAUUCCUGACCAAAAAUUAUAAGAGGACGCCGCUUCUGUUCGGUGACUAGGAUGCUCUGGAUGUAACCGCGUUGUCGUGCCCGUCGAAGAGACCGACGCAUUGGUUGCAAAGACGGCGUUAAAUCAGAAUUUGGCGUAACGUUUAUUUAGAGGCAGCUACAGUCGUUAGCUUCAGGCUAGUAGUCAGGGCAAAGCGGCUAACGUUAGCUGCGUUCAUUUUGUCAGCUAGCGCUAGUUAGCAUGUUGCUUGUCAUCAGCUGAUUUAAAAACAUUUGAUAAAUUUGCUCCGAUCGUGGAUGUUGGUCAUCGCAACCUUGGACAUGAAGCGCACACAGGAUAUGACUGACGAGUUUUUUUAGGAGUUUUUUCGCCGGCCAGAGGACGGGGGGAUUGGAUUUACUCGCUAACCAGUACAGGGAGGGGAGAAUCUCGAACUGGAUAAGUUUCCUCAUCAUACAGUUUAUUGGACUUUAAAUGAAGAUCGUGCCAUCAGAGUGGAUUGUGGUUUGCUGCUGGACUCUCCUCCCAGGAUGAUAUGAAAUUUUACAGAAGAUGCAUCCAGGUUGGCUGAUGUAUGGGAAACCUUAAACCCAUUGGAGGAGAGACUUAAGCAUGCAAACCUUCGUCCGUCCGGCUUGCGCCCUCUUUUUCUUUACACACUGCUGGUCUUCAGAUGGCUGCUCCAAUGCCCCAUACGCACCAGCAGUACAGUGACCGCCACCAGCCAAGCACUGACCAAUCUGUUACGGUCUUGCCGUACAGCGACCAGACACCACAGCUCACUGCCAAUCAGAGGCACAUGCCCCAGUGCUUUCGUGACCCAACUUCAGCUCCCCUGAGGAAGCUCUCCAUUGACCUUAUCAAAACAUACAAACACAUCAAUGAGGUGUAUUAUGCAAAAAAGAAGAGACGGCACCAACAGGGUCAGGGUGAAGACUCCAGUCACAAAAAGGAGAGGAAAGUCUUUAAUGAUGGCUAUGACGAUGAUAACUACGACUACAUCGUCAAGAAUGGGGAGAAGUGGAUGGACCGUUAUGAGAUUGAUUCCUUGAUAGGAAAAGGGUCAUUCGGACAGGUUGUAAAAGCGUACGACCGAGUAGAGCAAGAAUGGGUCGCCAUUAAGAUCAUUAAGAACAAGAAGGCUUUCCUCAACCAAGCCCAAAUAGAAGUGCGCCUCCUGGAGCUGAUGAACAAACAUGACACCGAGAUGAAAUACUACAUCGUUCACCUAAAGCGACACUUCAUGUUUCGGAACCACCUCUGCCUCGUGUUCGAGAUGCUUUCGUACAACCUCUACGACCUGCUCCGAAACACCAACUUCCGCGGCGUCUCGCUCAACCUCACCCGGAAGUUUGCCCAGCAGCUAUGCACGGCACUACUCUUCCUGGCCACGCCUGAGCUCAGCAUCAUCCACUGUGACCUGAAGCCGGAGAACAUUCUCCUCUGCAACCCCAAGAGGAGCGCCAUCAAAAUAGUGGACUUUGGCAGCUCAUGCCAACUGGGACAAAGGAUUUACCAAUAUAUCCAGAGUCGCUUCUACCGUUCCCCAGAGGUGCUGCUGGGAAUGCCCUAUGACCUGGCCAUCGACAUGUGGUCCUUGGGUUGCAUCUUGGUAGAGAUGCAUACUGGAGAACCUCUCUUUAGUGGAGCCAAUGAGGUUGACCAGAUGAACAAAAUAGUCGAGGUUCUUGGCAUCCCACCUAAUCACAUAAUGGACCUAGCCCCCAAAGCCAGGAAGUUCUUUGAGAAGCUUUCGGAUGGUACAUGGAGUGUUAAGAAGACCAAAGAUGGCAAAAGGUAUAAACCUCCAGCUUCGCGGAAGCUCCACUCCAUCCUCGGUGUGGAAACAGGGGGUCCAGGUGGCCGGCGGGCGGGGGAGUCCGGCCACGCCGUUGCUGACUACUUGAAGUUCAAGGACCUGAUUCUUCGGAUGUUGGACUACGACCCCAAGAGUCGCAUCCAGCCCUACUACGCCCUGCAGCACAGCUUCUUCAAGAAGACUGCGGACGAGGGGACCAAUACGAGCAGUAGCGUGUCUACGAGCCCCGCGUUAGAGCAGUCCCAGUCUUCGGGAACCACUUCCAGCACCUCUUCAAGUUCAGGAGGAUCGUCUGGAACUAGUACCAGUGGCAGAGCGAGAUCAGACCCUACCCAUCACCACUUGCACAGUGGAGGACACUUUGGCACGACCAUGCCUGCCAUGGAUGGUGACAGCCUCUGUCCACAGGCAAGACAGCCUUACCCACCCCCACUGGUGUGGGGAGGCGGCGUCGGACCCGAGUCAGUCACUGGAGAAACCCACCCAGUCCAGGAGACCACCUUCCACGUUCCCCCCCAGCACCCCAAGGCCCUGCACCCCCACUCCCAUUUCCACCACCACCACGGGCAGAUGAUGGCGACGCGUCCGCGCCCACGCCACUACACCUCCCCGACACACAGCUCUUCGACGCAGGACUCCAUGGAGGUGGUGCACGGCCACCUGUCCAUGACCUCCCUGUCUUCCUCUGCCUCCUCUUCCUCGACAUCGUCCUCUUCCACUGGGAACCAUGGGAACCAGGCCUACCAGCUCCGCCACUUGCCCGCCGGAGCCCUUGACUUUGGUCAGAACGGUGGGCUGAGCAUGGGGCUAGGUGCCUUCUCGAACCCACGGCAGGAGACUGGAAUGGCAGCGCACCCUGCAUUCUCCAUGGGCACGAACACGGGGCCUGGCCAUUACCUAGCAGAAGGCCACCUGGGCAUGAGGCAGGGCAUGGACCGGGAGGAGUCUCCAAUGACUGGAGUAUGUGUGCAGCAGAGUUCUAUGGCCAGUUCGUGACUGCACUGACAAUUUGGCUGUGUGUUUUGUUUGUUUUUUUUUUUCUUUAUUUUUUUUCUUUCCUUUCCCUCCUCCUCUCCCCCCGUGCGUCAUUUUUAAAGGUGGUGUUUUUUACUACAAGGUGUGUUGAGAACAAAAAGCUGCUCACGUCAGAAGGGAGAUAUCACUGAACCGCUUCUACAGAGAAAAAAAACAACAACAAACCCUUUGUUAAAAAGAAUAUAUGUAAUUUUUUAUCUUUUUUUAAUUAUUUUUGUUUUGUUUGUUUUUUUGGGGUUUUUUUUUUGUUUCCUUUGCAAUCAUUAGGCACAAAAUAAUACUGCAGAAUAACCAUAGUGAGAUUGAGACAUCCAUCUUACCAUUUCACCAGUUUCAUGUAACCACAAAGUAAUCACCAUAUGGUAUUAUGUGGCAAAAAAUGUCUUUGUUUUGAAGGAGCAUUUCAAGAGCAAAGGUCGGAGCUCGUCUCUCAGCUAGCUUGUUGGUGAAGAAAUGCGCCGGCGUCCUCUAUAGGUUCAAACUGUGGAGCGCCUGACAUUACUCUUCCACUCGGUCAGUAAUUAUUUUUGCCCUUUUUUUUUUUUUUUUUAAACUGAAAUUUCACAUAAAAGCUGCUUGUAAAUCCUGUAGCUUGACAACAAGGGGGAAGUGUUUUUGCGGUGAUAUUUCUUGUUGUUGGUCUUUUUUUCCCCCCCUUCUUUUGUGUGUGUGUGUGUGACUCUGUUAAAGGGGAGCACAUAGCGGUGGAGCCCGUGUGCUGGGCUGGUGGGGGGGGGGAGGGAUUCCCACUGGGGAGGGGGGAGUGGGAGGUCGGAUACUGACACCAGCCGGCGUUCAAAAAGGAGGAGGGAAGCACCACCACCACCACCAACAACAACCACCACCACCACCCCCAGACCCCACCCCACCACCUCAGGCCUAGAGGCCCUAUUGUCCCCGACAAGACGCAACCCGGGGGGUGCGGGGGCCCGACACAGGCGAAGAGCAGCGACGGGGCACAGGAGACGAAAGGAUCCGGCCCAGUUAAAGGAAGACAGUCAGCGGCUGGUUCUAGAUAACCCUUUGGCCUUAUGACUCAUGGACUUGGAAUGGAAAUGGAGCUGGACAUUAUCAUUUGAAUUAAGAUGGCUUUUCUCUAUUUUUUUUUCUCUUUCUCUCUCUCUUUCUCUCUAGACAGCCCUUAAUUCUUUAAGGAAAUUUAAAACAACUUAGAAAAGGUAAAUAAGAAUGGUAAUCUGAGGCCUUUCUCGACAAAGAUUUCGUCUUCAGCAGGGGCCCCACAUAACAGGGUCUUAUUGUACACAACAACCUCCUAAACAUUACUUCCUUGAAAUUCACUGGUUAAGGAUUUUGCAAUGGAAAGAACUUUCUAUUCCAGAGUCUACCUUUUUUUUUUUUGUUUUUGUUUUUUUUGUGUGUUUUUUUUAUUUCCUCCCUCCCCCUUUUUGCAUGUAGUCCCUCAUCAGAACCACCCGCACAAGUCUCUCCAUCCAAAACAUGGAAACUGAAGAAAAAGAGUUAAGUGACUGCCUUUUUUCUCCUCAAAUUAUGCUGUGAAUUUUACAAGAAUUUAUUUUCCCUUUGGAUAUGUUUUUAUACCAAAGCAGUUGUUUUAUAGCAUAUAGGUGUCUGUAACCAAUAAUGUAGCAGUUCACCACUUUGACGCAAAGUUUAUCGAGAUCUUAUUUCAAUGUCAACACAAAACAGCUGCAAUAUAUUUACUUUUAGCAAAACUGGAGACCGUUGGCUAUCGUGUAUUCUGGACAGAUUUGUUUGCAACGUUUUACCAAAACUUUUUUCCAUAUUAAAUUGGUAGAUUAUUUUGGGAGUCUUUAAAAAAAAAAAAAAAAAAGAAGAAGAAAAAAACGGGGAAAAAAAACUUUGGUAUGUUAGAGAACUUGGUAGUUACUCUGCAGGCUACAGAGUAGCAAGAUGGAGGCUGAUGGUUUGAAAAAAAAAAAAGGAGACUAAUGCGUUCUAUUUCUGUGUUGUUUUUUUCUUUUCUUUUUUUUUUCCCCUUCCCCCCAUCAUACUAUUUCAAAGGGUGUUGCUGCCUUUCAUACAUCAUUUGGUCAACUUAGCUAGUUUCUGCCGUGAUGCAAGACUUUGUCAUUGUCUUGCCAGGGUAAGGGUAUUUGUGGUAAACCAGUUUGUGUUGAAUGGUAUAGUUCUGAUUUUGGUAGGGCAAAUCCCCAUGAUUGUUGUCCUAUUCAAAGGGAAAAAAAAAAAAAAAAAAAAAGGUGUCUUGUCAGCCCCACCAUAACAGUGCUUUGCCUAGGCAGACAUGCAUGUCCUCAAAACAGUCAAUAACCAGAAUAUUUUUUUUAUUUUUUUUUUAUAUCAGGGAUUUUAAAGUGCUUUCUUUGUUCUGUUGUUCAUUUUUACCACUUUUGAAAUUUGAAAAAUAAAAACAAAAGUAUUUAAAAAAACAAACAAACUGCCCACUGUCACCUUGCCAAUUAAGGGCGGGCCACAGGUCAUGCUGUUGUCAUUUUCUAAGAGAAACCAUCCUUUCAGCAGUCAUGCUUGGUAUUUCCACGAACACAAAUGUAAAGCUACCUAUAUUGAAGAUUGGGGUUUGAUCUGGAUGUCAAGGAUAAUUGCAGAUUUGCAAUCAUUUUAUUUUACUUUUUAUUUUCAUACCCUGCGGAAUUUGAGACAUUUAGAUCUUUUUGUCAGUGAUUUUUAUUACUGGCACUCAUACUGGUACUAAACAUUCCAAAAAUAAAGACUGAAAAAAGAAAAAAAUUUGACUGAAGUGACUCGUAAGUGUGCGCCUAUUUCAGAUCAUGCUGAUUGACCUCUUAUUUAGAGCAGUUGUCAUGAAAUGCAGCCCCUUUUUAAUAGUUGAAAUAGAAUUUAUGUAUAUAUUUAUAUUUUUUUAAUAAAGGAAGUAUAGAACUCACUACCUUGCUCCUGCUGGUAUGUUGAUUAUGUUUGUCAAUUUGGUGACCAUUCAGUGGGCAGGAACUCCUGUUUUCUUAGUGGCAAAACCUUGCCUUUUGGCAAAGGUACUUGACUACAUCAGGACAACACUAUGAGGUAGGGUUUGAAUCAAACAGGGAAAGCUAGAUCUUCAAACCUUAAUAAUUUUCACAGGGUAUAUUGUAAGUGCAUGUACAUCACAAACCUUACUUUUGGUUAUAUGAGAAGCACAUGGUUGAAAAAAAAAAUGGUUCCAUCUUUCAUAAUAAGCCUGUUGAGUUUGUGGGUUAUACACAAACACAGAUAAUUGUCGACAUAUCUGAACACCCAACCGAAGUUGAAAUCCUUUUUAUUUAACUUGGAUUUAGCUUUUUUUCUUCUUUCUUUUUUUUUUUUUUUCAUUUUUUGGUUUCACUUUUUUUUCCCCACUUUUUUUGUACAUGCAACAUGCACUAUAGAAUUGAACAGCAUGGGGGAAAGGAUAAGUCCAUGUAUCCACAGAUUGUAAGAUCUAGUCAAGACUUUGCUGUGUUUAUGACAAUGCCCUUUGUAUUAUAUUAAGACAGUCUUAUGUAUGAUAUAUAAAAGAAGUUAAUUGAA